AGCAGUGUUGUGGUGGUCACAUGACCGUGUCGGGGUCGGACACUCUCACUCACUGUGCGUGUCGUUGUCUGCAGAUGUGACCGUGAGCACAGACGGACAGACGGCAGACCUGCUCUCCGCCUCCAGCAGCGCACCAUGAGUCAACUCCUUAUUAGUUUACGGACGUUUCUGAACUUUCACGGAUUACACAGAGCCGUCAUUUCCUGAGAGAGACGCCGAGAAGUUUCCAUUUUUCAGCACUAGUUAAAACCGCGCCUGUCCUGCUCUGACGGGAUUUCCCUCUCGGUGUCAGACAAGGAGCUCGUGCUCACCUGCAGAGGACAAACCAUGCGCUCGCGGGCUGCGCUCUCCUGGUAAGUCACCUCUGUGGCAGGUUACUGUACUACUUACAAUGUUGAACUACUGUUAAUGUUAUCACUAUUAAACAGCAAAGGCUUUAAGUGCCACUUUUACCGUGACUAUUUGCUUUUCUUUCUGCUGUUUUUAUAUGCCUAUGGAGUCAGGUGUGAAGCUAUCAGUUUAAAAGUCAACUCAUGAAUUAUUGUGAAAUGAAUAAUGUUAAUUACAGUAAGAAACGUGGAUAAUUAGUGCAAAUUUUAGACCAAUAAAGCUGAAACGAAACCAUAAGAAUAAGUGAAAGGGACAUUAAAGAGCGUACAAAAAUAACCAAAGUAUGAAAGUUUAGCCACAUGAAUCUGUAAAGACAAGGCAGAGAGAGGUGUGAUUGAGUGUGAGAUACAAAUCUAAAGGAUAAAAUAAAAGAGAUUGUACUUUAUGCAGCAAUUGUCUUGAGCCAACCCCUCAGGCCACUUGAAGAAUUUUCCAUCAGAGCCUAGUAAGGCGUGAUCUUUGCCCUGCGCGUCAUAUAAAAAUGGGGAGAUCAUAGCUGCCAAAUUCCUCCGCAGAUAAAAAUGCUUCAAGUUGAAUUGCACUCCCUCGACUCUCAUGCUUGUAAUAAAUCUGUGAAUACUGGUUUGAGGAAUGAGAGGGUUUGUCAUUCAGGGCCAAGACAUCCGGUCACGUUCUGAAGAGCCACUCCAGAAGUGUGGUCCAGUGGGUCAAGGAGUUCAGAAAACCACACUUCAUCUUUUUAAAGAAAGACUUCACUUAAGAUUCUUUCCUUCUCUGCAUCCACAGGUUUAUCUCCCUCCUCUUUCUCCUCUUCCUCCCUCAUGCUUUCUCUUCCUCCCGCCCUCAAUGGAUCCUCCAGCGUGUCCCUGUGGUCCUCCCGCAACAGACAGACGUACGACCGGCCCCUCACUUCCUCUCCCCAGCCCGCUUGGAUGUCAGCUCUCCCUGUGACCCUGAAUGUCACAAAAAAGCUCCUCGCCUCAACUACUGGGACUUGAGACAAACUCUGGCCUACGAGACCCUCCACGCUAAUGGUCAACUGACUGAGACCGCCAUUGGGAUCUACGGCUACAACCCCAACUCUGACACCAGCCUGGCCUACUCCUCAGGGUCUUCAGGGAAGUCUGAGCGGUCACAUGUGAGGAGGAAGAGGCAGAUCUUUGGUCAUGAUGGGCGCUUUAGCAUUGCAGGGCAGAACUUCCUCCUCAAGUAUCCAUUCUCAGUCGCUGUUAAGCUGUCCACAGGGUGUUCAGGUACAUUGGUGGGGGAUCGUCACGUUCUUACAGCUGCUCAUUGUGUACAUGAUGGGAAAAACUAUGUGAAAGGAGCCCAAAAACUCAGAGUUGGAUUCCUUAAACCUAAACAUCGAGACACGCAGACUUCCACCUUUAACGUACCCUCCAACUUUACCAACCACGUUGAAGGUGCUUCUUACGCCCCACCGGUCACUGACAAAAUGAAGUUCCAGUGGAUCAGAGCCAAGCGCACCCACGUUCCUAAAGGUUGGAUUAAAGGGAACGCUAAUGACAUCGGGAUGGACUAUGACUAUGCUCUGCUCGAGCUCAAAAAACCCCACAAACGCCGCCACAUGAAGUUAGGGGUCAGCCCCCCGGCUCGGAGGCUGCCUGGUCAAAGAGUACACUUCUCAGGAUAUGACAAUGACCGUCCAGGACAGCUGGUGUACCGCUUCUGUCGUGCAGGUGAAGAGACGCCCGACCUGCUCUACCAGCACUGCGAUGCUCAGCCCGGCGCCAGUGGCUCAGGAGUCUACGCCCGAAUGUGGGAUGGACGGCGCAGGCGAUGGGAGCGCAAGGUGAUAGGUGUGUUUUCUGGGCAUCAGUGGGUGGAGAAACAAGGGGCGUCUCAGGAAUUUAACGUAGCUGUGAGGCUCACGCCUCUGAAGUAUGCUCAGAUCUGCUACUGGAUUAAAGGGAACUUUGUGGACUGCAGAGAAGGGUGAAGAAAAAGUGAAGACGGAGAAUGAAACAGGAAUGAGGCUAUAAAUCCAUGGGCCAACUACAUCCUCAUACAUUACAAUGAAAUAUUUAGGCCACAAUAAACCACAAUUAUCACCCCAUCACUUAAAGCACUGAUGCCAAGUCAAUACGAAUAUCAAACUUCAGCGUGUUGCCCAAAUUUUGAGACACAAAUAUCAGUCAUACAAUCACAGAAUACAGACUCAGGUCCAGAAAUAAUACUAAAAUAUGUAAACAGGGCGUGCUCUUUCUUGUGUGUUUUGGUUUUGAAUCCUUACCUACCACAUCUCUAAACUACGAAAAUGAGAAGCACUGCUGAUUGGCUGGUAAAUAUUUUAGUCAUGGGGUUUUCCAGAAGAGAAUCAGCUUUUAGUUUUUCUUUUUUUUUGGGAGGGGGGACAGUUAUGGAUUUAAGUUAUCCAGAGGGCCCUCAGAUCUGCAAAAAAGGACUGAUGUAAAAAUGAUGUAUUGAAACAACAGAUCCUCAGAUUACAAGGAGCUGGACUGAUAAAACUGUUUUACUGCAUUAUCGCCUUUUAUUGUGCUAAUACUAAAGAUUGCACUGUUAAAAACUUUUAAGUGUUUCUACUGAUGUUUUUAUGUGGAUGAAUGUACAAGCCAGCUACCAAAGUUGCAAACUUUUUUUUUUUUUCUAAACUAUCAUAUCUCCUCUCAGUGGACUUCAGUUAUCAUGAAACAUGGCGCGCUCCUUCAGUUUUUAAGAGCUUUUCAUUGUGUUACACAGCAUGACUUCAAAUGUUUGCAGAUGACUCUUGGUAAGGCUGGAGAUAACUCAAUGACAGAAGCAGGUUUGUUAAAUGUUAUAUGUUGAUGCAUAGCUCCCUCUGGUGGCAAACAUAAAACAUUGCAGGGGUCAGCGUUGAGCAUUACGCUGACUUAGCCAUGGCUACAUAUGCACUUUUUUUUUUACUUUCUUUGUUUAACAUUUGUGCUGUUGCAUUUUUUUGUGUUUAAAAAUUGAAACCUGUGGAAAAAUAAACUGAAACAUGCUUUAAAAUGAGAAA